CGACCGGAAGAGGCGGGGGCUAAGGGGCGUCACGUGACUGAACAUGGACCCGGUGCUUUACGUGGUAGCGGCGGUGCUGCUGGCGGCUCUCCUCGUCUUCGUCAGCCGCGUCCGGGGACAGGCUCGCGCGGAUGAUGAGGAACACCGUCAGAAUGUGGUGGCUGCGGGAGCUGUGGCGGCCCGACCCCAGCCCUUCACAGGCGAGCGGGGCGAAGGGAUGCCCAGGCACCGACGAAACAGGAUGGUCGCCCUGAGACGCUCGCAGCAGGCCGAGGAAGCAGCGGAAGAAGAAAACGAUGGAGCCGAACCGGCUGAAUCCCAGGUUUCCGGGAAGAUUGGCGCAAAGAAACAGCGGAAGUUAGAGGAGAAGCAGGCAAGGAAAGUUCAGAGAGAGGCUGAAGAGGCUGAACGGGAAGAAAGAAAGAAGGUUGAACAAAAACGGGAUGAAGAACGGCGCAUGGAAGAGGAACGGCUGCGGCAGGAAGAGGAAAGGAAGGAAGAAGAGUUGAAGAAGGCCAAGGAGGAGGAGGAGCGGCGGGAAUAUGAGGAAUAUCUGAAGCUGAAAGAGAGUUUUGUGGUGGAAGAAGAAGGGAUGGAUGAAGCCAUGACGGAGGAGCAGUCACGUAGUUUCGUCACAGAGCUGCUCAAUUACAUUAAGAAUGCAAAAGUGGUCCUUUUGGAAGAUCUGGCUUCUCACCUGGGCCUCAGGACACAGGAGGCCAUCAACAGAGUGCAAGACCUGAUGGCAGACGGCACGCUCACAGGGGUGAUCGACGACCGAGGCAAAUUCAUCUACAUCACACCCGAAGAGUUGACGGCCGUGGCGGAGUUCAUCCAGCGUCGGGGACGCGUCUCUAUUACAGAGCUGGCUCGAGAAAGCAACUCCCUCAUCAAUCUGCAAGCGGAGGCCGAUUUUCUUACCAAAGGGGUGGCCUGAGAAGCCCCUCUAUUCUUGGGGGACAAAUAAAAUAAAGUCUUUCUUUUUUGGGGGGGGGGAUCAGGUGGGCUUUUGGAUCACUAAAUCCUAUUCAUGUUCAGAAUAUAUUUAUAUAAAGAAAUGCACUUGAUAUGCAUUAAGAAUACAGCAGGAAGAAUCCUUUUACGAGGCUUUUCCUGGGGAAUUAUUUGCUGUUCAUGGAAUAUAUAUUGAAAGUUUAGACCUGGAAAUUUGCGGGCCUUCGCCUGUAUUUCUAACAACCUUUUCUGUACUACAAAUCCCAUACUCCCGGUCCACCCAGGGAGGUAGACAAGCUGUAAAGCCAACAGUUCUGAUUCCAAGAAAUAACGUUUUCCGUUUAAACUUCCUUUAUGCAUCACAGUCCCUGAGAUUCAAAUACAAACAAUUGCAAUCGCUUUUGAACUUAACUUGCAGCUUUCUUACUAUUUGUUAUUUUUCCAAAUUAAUAGGGGUACUUUUUUUCCCCUAUACGAGGAUAACGGGGUUAGGAUUAUGCCUUAGUUUAUGUGUGGGUCUCAGUUAUGGAUGCUGAUGCAAAGAUGGGGGUAAAGAUACUGGAUAUUUCAAGAUUUGACUUUCUCCUGAACUGUGAAUAAAUAUUGAAUAUGUGGAGAAAAAUA